AAGACGGUAACUCUUUUAAGAGUCUUGGGACAUAAGGAGGCAGGAAGAUUGAAUCUUGUCUCCCCAACAACAAAAGGCACGAUGAGCUCAUUCUUGCCACCAGUUCUCUCCACCACAGAAAUGGCCACUUCCCUGUUUGAAAUCCGCCAAACCCAUGCUUACAUCCUCAAGACUGGCCUUUUCCACAACGUCUUCACAGCAAACAAGCUCAUCUCUUUCGCUGCAGCGAAUCCUGAGCCUCAGACUCUCUCUUAUGCUCACUCUAUCUUGACUCACAUUACCAAUCCAAAUUCAUAUUCCUACAAUACCCUCAUCAGAGCUUAUGCUAAUAGUGAUUCCCCACAAAGAGCUCUGUCAGUGUUUGACGAAAUGCUUCAUGGCCCUGUUUCCCCUGAUAAGUACACAUUGACCUUUGUUUUGAAGGCUUGUGCUGGGUUUGGUGGGUUUGAAGAAGGGAGGCAGAUUCAUUGUCUUGUGCUGAAGAUUGGAAUUGGGUGUGAUAUUUUUGUGGCUAAUACUUUGAUUCAUGUGUAUGCGAGAAGUGGGUAUUUUGAGAUUGCAAGAAACGUGCUUGAAAGAAUGCCUCAAAGGGAUGUUGUUUCUUGGAACGCGUUGUUAAGUGCUUAUACUGAAAUGGGAUUCAUAGAAUUGGCACGCAGUUUGUUUGAUGAAAUGGACGAGAGGGAUGUGGAGUCUUGGAACUUUAUGAUUUCUGGCUAUCUAAGAGUCGGAUUACUUGAAGAAGCAAGGACUGUUUUUGAUAAAAUGCCUUUAAAGGACGUGGUGUCCUGGAAUGCUAUGAUCACUGGCUAUGCUCAUGCGAGUAAUUUUGAAGAAGUUUUGGUGCUAUUUGAGAAUAUGCAGAAUUCAAGUGUGAGACCGGAUAACUGCACACUGGUGAAUAUUUUAUCUGCUUGUGCUCAUCUUGGAGCUUUGGGUCAAGGUAAAUGGAUCCAUGCGUACAUCCAAAAGAAUAGGAUUAAAAUCGAAGGUUUUGUAGCAACAACUCUUGUUGACAUGUACGCAAAAUGUGGGAAUAUUGAAAAGGCUAUUGAAGUGUUCAGAAAUGCUCGGAAGAAAGAUGUUAGUACAUGGAAUUCUCUGAUUGCUGGUUUAGGCAUGCAUGGAUAUGGAAAAGAUGCGUUGCAAGUCUUCUCUGAAAUGCUUCUGGAGGGUUCUGAACCCAAUGAAGUGACCUUUAUCGCUAUCCUCUCUGCUUGCAGUCGUGCAGGGUUGUUACACGAAGGGCGACAGAUGUUUGAUCUAAUGCUUGAUGAAUAUGGGGUUCAACCAACUAUUGGGCACUAUGGCUGCAUGGUGGACCUACUUGGCCGGGUGGGAUUAUUAGAGGAGGCCUUCGAGCUCGUUAGAACAAUGCCAGCAAAAGAAGAUCCUGUUCUUUGGGAGUCACUUCUCGGGUCCUGCAAAAAACAUGGUAAUUUGGAAAUGGCAGAGCAUGUAUCUAGGAAGCUCUUAGAGUUGAGUCCUCAAGAUAGUGCUUGUUAUGUUCAAUUGUCAAAUACAUAUGCAGCACUAAGUAGAUGGGCUGAUGUUACGGAGGUCAGGAGAAAGAUGAGGGAACUAAAAGUGAAUAAGGAGCCUGGAUGCAGCAUGAUUGAAGUGGAUGGUGUUGUUCACGAGUUCUUAGCCGGUGAGGGAAUGAUUCUUGAACCGGGUAAAUAUGAUGGCUUUCUUCUUUAAUCCCAUUUGUAAAUACUCCAGCUCAACAGAAUUGUUUGAGGACUGUUUUGAUUAAGUGAAGAAGUAGCUCUUACUGUCCAAAGAUAAGGCACUGCAUUCUAAGUUAAUCAAGGCUUAAUAUAAAG